CUAGAACAUUCAAAAUUUAAAUCGAAAUUCAAAAAAUAACUGUAAUAAAAUUUAAAUAAAUGCCUUUAUUAUUUUUCAGCUUACAUCAAAUCUAUAUUUAUAAUUAUUAUUCAAUUAUUGUUGAGAACUUUAAACUAAUAUUUACUUAAAGAUAACAACAAUCAACUAUAUAGUGCGUCCUAAAUAUAAACCUCCAUUAUUCAAAGUAUAUCCUAUUCACAAUCUGUAAUCCAAAGUUACAGGUAAAUUUAUCACCUUUACCUAUCAAAUAGCAAUGAAAGGUGAUACAUUUUACCUGUACCUUUCGUAGAUUGUGAAUAGAUAAUAGAGAAAACACAUUUUAUAGGACACCCUGUAAAAAACCAGCAAGAAACGUUUUUUGAAUCCAUUAAAAACCUGCUGGCGCUGGCAUUUUUUUACUUUAGUUCGGCACGUAGAGCACCAUACACAAGUACCAGAAAGAUGGUUAAUUGUCCCAAGUGCGAGAAACCUGUUUAUUUUGCUGAACGCAAAACAUCUCUCGGCAAAGAUUGGCACUCGGCCUGUCUGAGAUGCGAAAAAUGCAACAAAACCCUUACACCGGGUAGUCACGCCGAAAGGGAAGGUAAACCCUAUUGCCACAACCCUUGUUACUCUGCCCUUUUUGGUCCUGGAGGUUUUGGUAGAGGCGGAGCGGAAAGUUACGUUUUCAAAAAGUAGAAUUCGGUUCUAUUUUUACCGCAAAUUGUUAUCGGCUUUAUCUUAUUAUAUAAACAUGUUAAAUAAGAAUUAAAUAUAAUGUUAUGUACCUAUAUAAAUGGUUUGAUUUAUAAAUUCAUAUGAUAGAAAUGUAACAAC